AUGAUUGAUUCCUCAAAUAUUAAAUAAAUUUCAACAGCUGGCACUAGCCCUUUAGAGAGUAAAAUACUGAAUUUUUAACCUAAAAUAAUUGGUUACCUACAACAUAUUGAAUAAUAUCCUAAAAAAUUGAUUCCUUUAAAACAAAUACUACCUAUUUCUAUCAAAAUACUAAAUUUUAUUCUAACUAACUUAAUUUCAAGUAUAUUCUAAUAAUGUUAUCUAGUUAUUUUGGAAAUUAUUAAAAGAGACUUACCAACACCUGAUAUAAGCAUAGAUAAAAUUAUGGUAAAUUAAGAUGAUUACUAUUGUGGAAUACCUUUUAUUGUAAGCAAAUAAGAUAAGACUACUGCUAAACAAUGUGAAGUAAUUCUACUGAAAUAAUUUUCCUUUUUAUGUAAUUCUAGCACUCUAGUUUUUAGGUUAAUAAUUUGGAUGUGAUAAAGAAUUGAUCAAGUGCACAAGUCUUAAUUAAAUUUAAGAUUUACUACUUUUGAGAUCUAAUUUUUAGUAGGAUUCUUUAAAUGAAAACUCAGAAAUGCUUUUAAAUUAUUUAUAAAUAGAAUAAGAAAAUAGCGUCCAUGCUAAUUAAUAUACACAAGUUUAUAUGGUAAAACCGCCAAAAUUCAUUAUUAAAACUUAAAAUGAAGAUACAAUAGCUUUGAAAGUAACACAGUAAAAUUAAGAAAUUUAUGAAUUAAGAGAAAUUAAAAUUAUUGAAGAAUUUAAUAAUGAACAUCUUCCCUAUUUAUAUGGGUAUUUAAGAUAUUCUGAUAUCAUUAUGUUAUUUUUGAAAAAGCAUGAUUUGACAUUUUGUAAAAUAUCAUUACAACUAUUUUAAAAAAGAAAAGAAUUAAAACCAGAUGAAAUUGAAUAAAUUUUAUUAAAAUUAUAUAGAUAAAUGAUAAAAGCCACUAGUUUUAUACAUUCAAUCGAUAUAAUUCAUAGAGAUAUUAAACCAGAAAAUAUAAUGUUUGACUUCUCAAAACCAAUAAAUAAAAUCAAAGAUAUUUUAGAUAUUUCAGUAACUUGUGUGUUUAUAGAUUUUGAUAGAUCUAUCAUGUAGGACAAUCUUAAACCUGAAAAACUAUCUCAUUAUGAGGGUACACCCUUUUAUAGACCUCCAGAAGGAGAACAAAGUAAAUAUAAUCCUAGUUAUGAUAUAUGGUAAUUGGGAUUUAUGUGGUUAGUGAUACAAAAAUUUUUUUUACAUCAAAAUUCUAAAACCUAUAAGGACUUUUGUCUAAAAUAAAAUUAAAUAUAAGAAAUUAAUAUUGAUAUAAGAAAAUUAUAAAAUGAAAUACAAGACUUAAAUAAAAGAAUGAUUGAUUAUAAUCAGAAAUAGAUUUUGAAAAAUCAAUUAUAAAACUAAAUUAAUGAUUUAAUGAAUUUAUAGAGGUAAUAAUACUAAUAAUUAAUAUAAAAAAUUGAAGAAUAAGAAAGUUGUUUUAUUUAUAACAAUGAAUUAAAGAGAAUAAUACAAAAAAUGAUAGAAUUUGAUCCUUAAGAUAGAGCCACUUUAAAUUAGGUCUAAUUAGUAUUAGAUUAAAUAAAUCAAUGA